AUGACGUAAUUCGCGAGAGCCACACACACGGCUUUGAAAAUGGCAAGCGGUGAAAACACACCGGCUGCAGACAGCGAGUCUGCUCAGAAAGAACAGAAUGACAGUUAUGAUAAAAAGUGUAUUUUCUGUAAGAUUGUGAACGGAGAGAUGGACACUGAGCUUCUACACAGCGAUGAAGACAUGGCAUGUUUCAGAGAUAUAAGACCGGGGGCUCCUCAUCACUAUCUUGUUGUGCCAAAAAAACACACAGGGAAUUGCAAAUCACUUCGCAAAGAACAUAUUCCACUAGUGGAGAAAUUGGUGGAAAUAGGAAAAGAAGUUCUUCAGACGAAAAAUGUCACCGAUUUAAAUGAUGUCAGGUUUGGUUUUCACUGGCCUCCAUUUCAUUCUGUUGCACAUCUACACCUCCACGUGUUGGCACCUGCCAGUCAAAUGGGCUUCAUCUCUCGCUUCAUCUACCGCCUAGACUCCUACUGGUUCAUCACGGCUGACCAGUUGCUCCAAAGACUGAACUCAAUGGACUAACAGAAGAAAGGAAAUGUCAUGCUGCCUUUACACUGAGAAUGUAGAUGGAUCGACUCAGUGCUUAAGGAAAAGAGGUGAAGCUGAAGUGCCUCCAGGUUAUGAUUAGUUUUUGCAUGUUAGCUUGUCUGUUUCUGCCAUGCAAACUGGGCAAAUUUGGAGAUGAAUAAUUAAAUAGCGGUUAUUUUGACUGUUAAGUGGACAGAUUUAUUUCAGCUGGUGAAUGCUGGAGAAUAAUUUGGCAUUUACAUCACAUCACAGUCCCUGACAAAUGCAUUUUUAGGUAAUAUCCAUGUCACCUGAAUAACUAGAUAAAAAAUCUUCCUAUACUGAGAUAAAAAAAUGUACACAUCUAUGUACAGUAUAAUAUUGAAUGGCAUGCCAUACCCGCAGAUUUAGUAGCAUGUGAUGAUUUCACUGGGCAUUUUUAAGGUGUAAUGCAUUCCAAUAAAGUCAACUUUGGCUAAUUAAAAUGAACAUUCCCUACCGUUAAUAAAUAUUUAAAGAAACCACAUAACAGACAAUAAAGGACAUUAAGCUGUGUUUAGAUCAUAUUUGGCUGCAAACGUGUCUCAUAUAUAGCCUGAAGAUCAGGACUCUGGCAGCUUCACCCUGUUUUUACCUAAAUUUACGAAAGAAAAGAAAAAAAAACACAAUCUUUUGACUUGGGAAAAUAUAAAAUUUAAUCCUUCAAGUAAAAAUAAAUAUACUGCAGUGUUUGUGUGGGAAUUAUUACCUUUCACAGAUGUAGGCAAGAGGUUGGCAUUUUCAGCUUAAACUUUAACAUAGUAUGUUAUAUCCUGUAUGUGAAGUCUACAACAAUUCGUCUUUGGUUGAACCGUGUGUGUGUGUGUGUGUGAAGGAACUGCUGAUACAUUGGACCUGUUCAGGCCUGAUCAUUAACCCUAGGCUGCUAUACUCUGCUAUACCUGAGAACUCUGAAUACCUGUGUAAUGCAAGAAUGUGAACAAUUUUAUUUUAUUGUAUGUGUACAAAGGUUGUUGUGAAUUAAAUUGAUUUGACUUUCAGAA